CCAAAAUACGGUAUGUUCGGGCCUGCAAAGCUGGGCCUGCCAACACGCGCCCGUAGCCGGCGUACGGCGCCGGGUAAGUAGCGGCGUCGCAAGGUCGACCACGCCGGCCGAGCGAGAGCAGUGUCAACCUAAACCGGGCGAGGCUGCAGAAGCACUGCCCACCCAACGGUGCAAAGCAUACCUCGCAUCUCCUCCUCCCUCCGCGCUCUCUUUAGCCACACCACAUUUUCUGCGACCGGUCCAUUUCCGCGGUCCUUCUCCAGCUCUCUUCACUCCUUAGCUAAACCGGUUCACAAAGUCCACCGGAGCUUACGUCCAUUAGCCCAGUGGAGCGGAGCCGUCAGGUGCGGGGUCGGGGAGCUGUUGUUUUGGAACAGCCCGUAGCUCGAGAGGGCCCAUCGCGAGCGCCAGUUCUUCGGUCCCGGCCAACAAAGUUGCUCAAGCAGUCAAGUUAUAUAUAGACAGGGGCACAUAAGCGCACUGGCAUGUAUGGUUGCGGCGCUGGCCCUUCGCUUUGAACGCACACGACCUUCACCCGCAAGCUCUUUUUAGAGGCCGGUCAGGCCUAACGCGUGGCCAUGAGGAUCCGCGCGCUUCUCGUCCUCUGCGGGCUAUGCCUGGCUGCAGCAGGCUUCGUCAGUGCACAAAGUGGUCUUGAGUUUGUGCCGAGGUUCACGCGGCUCUUGAAACAGGACCUCAGUAGCGUGGCGUCAUACCUGGUGCCGACGGAGCAGCCAACGCUCUGUGCGAAUAACAACGGGAACUGCUGCCAGGCGGACUCGUAUGCCUCCCCGUAUGGGCUUACCUACGUGAACAGCACGCAGCAGCUAUUCGGCGGGCGCACCUACACCACCUUCUUCUACCAGUUCCACUCGAACCACCUCUGCAACGCUGGCCUGGAUGAUGCUCAGUGCUGCACGGCCAGCGCGGACAACAUCUGGGUGGACGUUGAUCCUACUCUGAAGGUCAAGUAUGUUUCGUUCAACGGCCAGCGUUUGGCCAACACGGAGCAGGGCGAGUUUGGCCUGAAGCUUGGCUCCGUCAACCUGCGCGUGGAUGACGCCAAGAACAGUAUCCCCGUGGCUGUGACCGUGGAGGGUGCCGCGGACUCGCUGUGCCCGCCCCCCGGCCUGGCGCCGAUCCCCGGGUUGUGCGAGCUGGUCGUUCAGGGCGCUACCAGCGCCAACCCCAACGCCUGCUGCCCCACCACCAUCACCGUCUCCAACCUGCAGUCCAACUUCGUGCCGCCCGCCGGCAGCGCGUUCCAGUGCGCAGCCAGCCUGGACAACAGCCCCUUCAAGCUGGAGUUUGAGGGCGUGUCGGCGGCGCAGACCGUUGCCGGCCAGCAGUACGUCUCGUACAACUUCCGCCUGAUCGCCACCGGCAGCUGCCGCGCGGACGGCGUGCACGACUGCUGCCACGCGCAGCUGUCGUACCUGGACAUGAAGGUGACGGACCUGGGCAUCACCGCGGUGCAGCUGGACGGCAAGUCGGUGGGCUUCUCCACCUCGUCCUGGAACGAGCCCAACACCGCCUCCUACCGCUCGCUGGUGGUGGACAACCUGAACCUGGUGGCCGACGACCUGGGUGCCGUGGGCCUGCCGCUCACCGUGACCGUGCGCCUGUCCGCCGACAGCAACCCGGGCAAGGACCUGUGCGACUCCUCGUCGGACCUGUCCCAGGGCGGCUGCGCCUACUACCUGCACAGCGAGGACGGCUUCUGCUGCCCCAGCGGCCUGGCGCUGCCCACCAGCGUGGUGCCGCCCGUGCCCCCGGGCACCUGCAACCCCCCCACCAACGUGCCCGCCUCCGAGUCGUCCAUGUCGCUGGCCUACUACGAGAAGACCUGCAGCAGCUCCUCCACCACCUUCAACUUCCUGCUGGCCAACCACAACGACGCCGCCUGCAAGUACGGCUACUGCGCCGACGUGUGCACCUGGUCGCUGUACCUGGACCCCUCAGUGGCCAGCCAGGUGGCUGUGGGCCACGAGCUGGCCGUGAACAACGGCAAGCAGGUCAUCACGCCCGGCAACGUCGCCACUGGCACCCUCGCUGCGCUGACGUUCACCUACGGCCCCGCCGGCGCCAGCACCACCAACUUCUACGUCACGCUGCCUGCCAGCGCCCAGGGCCUCUCUGCGCUGUGCGCGCGCAACGCGCUGCCCGGCCAGGGCAACAAGGCCUGCGCCGCGGUGGUCCGCUCCAAGAACGUGUACACGAUGGUGUUCUUCGAUGAGACUGACGUGUUCAUCAAGCCCGCGGACGGCAGCAGCUGCACCUCCGGCUCGCCGCCUCCCGCGCCCGCGUGCAGCAACCCCAAGCCGCUGGCCGACUCGUGCCUGGCUGUGCGCAGCGCCCGCUACAACACCAUGUCCGCCUCGGCCGUGUUUGACUUUGCGCUGGUGCCCGCCGACGCCUCGGCGACCUGCGUGCCGCCCUCGCCGCCCGGCCGCAACGUGGACGUGCAGAUCCAGCUGUCUGCCGCCGCCGUAGACCAGAUCUCCACCCGCGGCCAGGUCCGCCCCAAGGCCAACCUCGCCCUGGACCGCACCAGCGGCGCCACCUGGACCGUCACCUCGACCACCGCCGCCACCAGCCUGUCCUUCGAGGUGCAGGGCCCGCUCAGCCUGUCGGACGUGUGCCGCCAGGGUGUGUCGCCCGACCAGCCCGCGAACAGCUGCGUGGUGGAGGUGACUGGCGACAACGGCUGCUUCCGCGGCUACGUGUCUGCCUCCGCCGACGGCCGCCUGAUCUGGGUGUCGGAGCAGGAGUCCAGGUCGCGCGGCGUGGACGCGGCCGUGGUCGUGCCCGCCGUCGUGGUGCCCGCUGUGGUGCUGCUGCUGGCCCUGCUGGUGCUGGCCGCCUGGUACCGCCGCCGGCGCAGCCAGAAGUACGCCACCAGCGUGUCCUCGGGCAGCGCCGGCGACCUCAACCGCCCGCUGGCGGCUGGCAGCCUGCGCGACGACCUGUCUGUGCCCUCGGCCAGCCCCAGCGACGUGCAGAUCCGCGUGCCUGGCGCGAGCCAGGGCGGGGCAGCAGCGCCCGGGGGGCGGUAAAACGAUCCCCGAAGGGCUUGCUGCGCCUCGGCGGCUGUACUGCGCCUCGGCUGCACGCCUCCUGUCAUGGUGACGGCGGUUGCUUUGAGCAUGGGCAGCUGUCAGGUGGUGCGGCCCAUGUGCCGUUCUUGUCAGUUUUGAGCGCAGCGUCUGUAGCGGGCGACAUAGAGCGAGCGGAGGCAUAUUGCCCGUGGCGGACACGGGUGUGGAGGAUUCCUGGGGGGGCUGACAAGGCGCGCGCACCUGCGAGACGACGCGGGUAACACUGUUGCGGGUUGAUCUGUACCCGAGACGUAUCGUUGCGCUAGAGAUGGGAACUAGUGAUUAGUUGAUAAGGUCUAAAGCUUGGGUCGUCGUACAUCGUGACUAGAGCGCCACCGACAAGGUGGCUUGCAAACAUUAGAAGGCGCCAGGUGGCAGGAGGACGGUAGCAGAUCUGGGCUUAAUGUCGUAGCAGCAUGAUGCGCGCGCCGGCGCACGUGCAGAAUACCAUAGCACCUGACUCCUCAUGACAUAUCAUGACCUCGAUUGAUUCUAACUCUUUGACCGCGUCAGGGACCCCUCUCGGGAUGCAGUAGUAACAUUUGGAUGCAGGAGGGUGAGGCGCGUCAACAUAAUGAUCAUGAACCUAGAUGGAUAUCGUGACCCGUUGUGACUUGUGCACAUAGGCUACGGCGCUAGCAAUGCGGUCCGCGGCAAGCGGCGAGGAAAGGUGAUGUAAACUCACAAGUUA